AUGUUCUGUUUGAGGGUAUGGGCCGUGGCACUGCUCUGUGUGUUACUGCGUGCUCCACGAGUGGGUGCGAUCGGUCCACGGUCGGUCGAAAAUGGCCACUUGGGACUUGGGGUGCCAAAUGCUUCUGCUAAACUCGUCGAAGCAUCGUCGUACGUGCUGCCCAAUGUAUCGGCACCCGUGUCCUACGAACUGUUUGUCGAUUUGAGCGAUGAAAGUUUUCAAACGUACUCCGGAACGGUCGACAUUACGUUCCAACAAACUGCCACCGGAAAGUCCCUGGCACUCAACAGUGUGGGUUUGAUCGUAAACGAAACCACGCUACGGGUUACGCAAUCCACCGGAAAUGCCAUCCUGAUCGAGCGGUUCGAGAAUGUGCCCGAAUCUCAGAUGAUCGUCUUACACUGCUCCGAAUCGCUGGUGCCGGGUGAGGUUUACCGUGCGCAUCUGGAGUUUGCGGGAAGCAUCAACAUUGAUUUUUUCAAGGGCCUUUACAGAAGUAGCUACCGGACGGAAAAUGGCGUCAAGUACCUUGCCACAACGUUCUUUGCCGCUAUCUACGCACGAACGGCGUUUCCCUGCUAUGAUGAACCGGCUUACAAAGCAACAUUUGGCGUAAAAAUUCGACAUCAUGACAAACACACCGCUUUAUCGAACAUGCCGGCAAUCGACAGUGUUCCGUCCGGAGAAUUCGUGGACACGUCUUUCCAAACAACUCCGAUAAUGUCCACAUACUUGGUGGCGUUUGUUGUAUCGGAACUGAAAACGUUACCUACACAAGAUGGACUUUUCCGUGUGUUUGCUCCGGAAGGCCGAGAACACCUCACACAGUACGCUCAUGACUUUGCGUUUAGGGCGUUGCGCUACCUGGAGAACUUUUUCGGGCGUCAAAAUCAAAUGGCAAAGAUCGAUCUGGUGGCUAUACCCGAUUUCGCGAUGGGGGCCAUGGAAAACUGGGGCCUGAUAACGUUUCGAGAAGAUUAUCUGCUGCACGAGCAAGGCGUCAGCACGGCACGGAGUGAACAGUUCGUUGGCGCGAUAGUAACGCACGAGCUGGCUCAUAUGUGGUUCGGCAACGAGGUAACACCGGAGUGGUGGACAUACGUUUGGCUAAAUGAGGGGUUUGCACGCUACUUUGAGAACUACAUCACGUCACAGCUCGAGCCGUCCUGGAAUCUCUGGGACCAAUUCGUCGUUGUCAACGUGCACUCGGCCUUAUCGCUGGAUUGUCACAGCAACAACCGUGCAAUGAGCUACUACACUACGGAUCCGUCCGUACUGAACGAACUCUAUGACUAUGUAGUGUACGCUAAAAGUGCCUCCGUCAUACGCAUGAUUCAGAAUGUUAUCGGAAUCGGCUCGUUUCGGAUGGCUAUCAAUGAUUAUCUGCGAUCGCGCAGCUAUCUCACUACCGCCCCGCAGUACCUUUACACAAGCAUCGAAAAGUUCCGUACGGUUGAUCUACCAGCGAGUGUCGAAGAAAUCUUUGAAGGCUGGGCGAAUUCUCCAGGAUACCCGCUUGUAACGGUGACCAUCGAUUGGAGUGGACGCACGCUAAUGGCCACGCAGAAGAGAUUCUGGAUGCCUAUUGAGGAUGAAUCCCCACCACCGAACCAGCUGUUCUUUGUGCCCCUGAAUUACGCAUCCAACCUGGCGUCCUCCGAAGAUGUGGAAUCAACGGAUGCCAUAUUUUG